UCUCUGCCCUAAGUGGCAACACUGUUCCAUAAAUUAGCAUCUCAUUCAUUCUAAUACAAUAAAGCGAACAAGACUGAUGGGUUAGUGAAAUCUGAUUUGUGUUUAAUACAUCGAUCUUCUGUUUUUUUCUGAACAGAUUAAACAAAUGUAAGAGUUUGGCACCAAUCUGCAGCGAGGACAUGACACUGCACUUUAACCUGCAUCGAGGGACUCAUGGCCACAUGAAUAUAAUGUUUCAGACAUUUUCAAAGCUAUCGAUCAUAGUUCAUGGCCUGUUGGUUCUAUUACAACCCCCACUGAAGAGAUUUCCCGAGAAAAGCUCAGUAUUCCAAAGAAUUCUUCCCAACUGGUGGACAAAGGCUAAAAUACCGACGUUAGAAAGUGUCAUUUUUGGCAAAAACUUCAAAAAGAAAUUGACAGCAGACGGUAAAGGCUUUGUGAUAGAAGAGAAAUACUUGCAGCAUGCCUACCGAUUCCUUUCAACGCUACGAUCCUGCUUGCUGCUUUCCUAUGAUGGACUGUACAGUUAUUGCACCUCCGUAUCAGAAACGCUGCCUUCCUCCUGCAAGCUGGAGCUUGAAAAACUUGAUAUGAAAGCCCGGCUCAGUGAGUUAUCCGACAAAGUGACAGAAAUAGAAGACGCCAAUGAUCUGGCAGAAGCAAUAAACGGCACCCUAAUAGAGCUGUCAGCUCAACUUCUCAAUCUGUGGGGAAUAUUUCUUCGAUCCUCCUUGGAGAGUAAACAAGAAAAGAAGCAAAUAAAGGAAGAAAAGUUCAAGAAAUUGUUCUUUUCUACUGACCAUCCCCGACAUGAAGCUAUUUUAUAUGAUGAGAAGAUCGCCCAAAGUCAUGAAGAGAUUUAUAAAGAAGUCAAAAAAGCUCCAAAAGUCAGUCGUUCUCUCGAGUGCCGGGAAGCGGACAUGGUAUCGAAAUCUGCCCCCGUGAUCUUUGAAGACCGGUACUUAGAGCCUGACGCAAUAGGUUGUUCAGAAGACGAUAAAUCGACCCCUGUUGCUUGUACAGAAGAUACGCGCAAGAAACUGACAUUAAUCCGUACUGUCAGAGCAAUAGAUGGAUAUCCUGAUCUAAGUGCCUCCUUUUUUGACAUACCAUCACCUUUGAGGAAUGGGUAAGUUCUGAUAUCUAUCAAAUAUAAAUAUAAUGCACAAAAUGUAAUGUAAAAAAAAUUCAAAUAGUAAAAUAUAUAAAGGGCCAUAACAAUCCUAAAUAAGUAUAAAUCCCAGGAUCACUUUUUAUCUUGCAUUAUAGUCACCUGAGUUCAGCUACAUAAGGUAACGUGCCUUGUACUGGAACAGCUGGAUUUUUGUUACUGUUUAUAAGAAUGUAACAUCCCCCAAGUUUUUUUUCAUCAUGAAGCCAGGCUGGGGAAAUUUGUUUUCUACAAAUGAUUUAUAUGGGGAGCCCAAGACUCUUAAUCCGAGAUACACAGACUUCUCAUGCUGUGCUAAAGCAACUAGAGAAUUAGAUUUGUCAUUA